ACAUAUUGUUUCAAAAGUAGUAGCAAUCAAGAUGGAUGAGACAUACGUUUGUCUCGCCGAGCCCGAAAUGACAAGUAUUAUUAACAAUAACACAGGAUGUAAUGAAAGUUCACCUACUUUGGCAACAGUUCGGUCUCGAAUUUGCCUUGUUGGAGAACUUGGUGAUGAUUCAAGAAUUAUCGAAGCAGCUCAGGUUUUUGAUGUACCCAUUGUAUCUUCUGCAACUGGAGCAGAAUUUAUAAAUGAUGGCUCAUGGGAUACAGUCUUUGUUAUGGAAGAUUUCAGUGGUCCUGUGUAUAAUGUCAUCCAUCGUUCAGAACAAAGAAUCCUUGGUCCAACAGCUCUUCAGCAGUAUGCGGAGAAGAGGGUGGGUUUACCAAGGAAUAGGCGGCCAUUAUACAACCUGGCCAUGUCUGGUCUCGUUAUCUGCUUCACAGGCUUUAGGAAGAAGGAUGAGUUGGUAUGCAAAAAACGCUCAAAGGCAUUCAACUCUUUGAAAAUUCCUAACACCACAAGGACCUUGCGUUCUACGAAGCUGAGUAACGGGAAGCCAUUUAAACAUAUUCGCCUUGUUGCCUUGUCCAAUAUCAAGCGAGUGAUUGACAUCAAGGAAGGAGAGGAUUGCCAUAAUGUGUUUGCAUUGAUGUGCCAAAGUAACCAGGAAAUGAAAGAGAAGUUGUACUCAUUUACUUUGGCAGAUGAAGAGACAGACAAACUUUCCUUUCUCAGGAUCCUGUGUCGCCAAAUGGCUAACACAGUCUGCAAAGCAGAUGCAGAGAAUUUCCUCACUUCGCUGGACUCUCACCAAUUGGACAUUGACACCAGUGAACUGACACUUGGGACUCUGAGUAAAGCAUUGAAAUUUGCUUCUAGGACGAAAAUGAAAGUGGGCCGAGCCUCUAGUUUCAAUAAAAAUCCUAGCAAGUUGAAACGAGCAGUUUCAACAAUGAUGAGUCCAUUUGGUAGUACAACAAACCUUACCCCAGCCUCACAACUUGCGCAGAUGAGGCUUGCCAGCUGCAAUAACCUUAAUGUAAGCAGAGCCGCUCUUUAUAUUUUCAGCGUUCAAUUAAUAUUUGCUUCUAGGACGAAAAUGAAAGUGGGCCGAGCCUUUAGUUUCAAUAAGACUCCUAGCAAGUUGAAACGAGCAGUUUCAACAAUGAUGAGUCCAUUUGGUAGUACAACAAACCUUACCCCAGCCUCACAACUUGCGCAGAUGAGGCUUGCCAGCUGCAAUAACCUUAAUCUAGAUCCCACCACUAACCCCAGUAAAUAUCAAAAAGGAGUUCACUAUACUGGAUUUAAGCUAUUCAGUAAUCUUGACCCCCACUAUAAAAAGUCUGAGUCAUGA